UGUCACAAACAGAUAGUGACUGGCAGAUAUUGUUAGUUGGGCAUUGUUGCCAUUGAUAGACUUUACUUCAUGGUGUUGAUUAAUUUGUUUGCUUAAUCGGGACCACGUUCAGUACUUGACCUAAAAAGUUAGACUCCUUUUGUCUAUGGCAAGAUAGGAGAUUUAUAUAAACAGCUGGACAAAUAAUGUGAUGGUAAAGAAAUGAUUUGUAGGACCCUAGUUAGUAAUGUCCAUGUAAUCGUAAAUAUUUUCAGAAUUUUAAAAUAAAAUGAUUGCAUUAAAAGUAAUUGAGUCAUAUAGAUUACAUGGUUUUCUUUGAUUUACAGGCCAAGAAGACAGGAAAGAAAAGACAAAAAAAUCAGACUUCCAUGGCCUCCAUGAAUUCCAUCCACUCUCUAAAUACAACUUUUGUGCGUCCCUCAUUUUUUUUCAUCAAUGGCUUUUAUAAUGUACCCCAUGCCAAAUACUACUAUGUUUUUUUGUGUUUUGUUUUUGGGGUCUCUGUGUUGGGGAACUCCUUUGUCAUUUUUAUUAUAUACAUAGAGCGCAGUUUUCACACCCCAAAGUAUAUGGCCAUUUUUAAUUUGGCUGUAGCUGACUUGGGGGAAAGCACUGCUCUCAUUCCGAAUUUAAUUGCAACAUUUCUUUUCAAUUCCCAGUACAUCUCCUUUGAUGCUUGCAUGGCAAACAUGUUUUUUGUGUUUUUCUUUUCCUGUUUGCAAGCUCUCACUCUUACUGUUCUGGCCUAUGAUAGAUUAGUGGCAAUAUGCUUACCACUGAGAUACCAUGCCAUCAUCACAAUGCAAGCAAUGACUGUGAUAUUAACAGUGGUGUGGGCAUAUAAUUCACUUUUCCUCAUUUCAACAGUGGCUUUAGUUACCAGGUUGUCUUUUUGUAAAUCCAUUGUGGUAAAAAGCUACUUCUGUGACCAUGGACCCAUAUACACAUUGUCAUGCAAUGAUAAUCUUGUAAACUAUAUCAUGGCAAAGCUAAACAUUGCUUUUUUUCUUUAUUUGCCAUUUAUUUUGACUGUACUCUCAUAUGUGUUUAUUGGUGGUGCACUGUUUAAAUUAGCUUCAUGGGAAGGGCGAUUUAAAGCCAUAAAAACUUGCUCUGCACACCUAAUGCUGGUGGCUGUGUAUUAUCUUCCAAUAAUGGGAACCUACAUUGCUGCAGCAGCUGGUACUCUUCACCCCAAUGCCAGAAUAAUCAAUACAUCACUUGCAAAUGCCAUUCCCCCCCUGUUGAACCCAAUCAUUUAUGUGCUGAACACAGAAGAGGUCAAGGAAUUCUCAAAAAGACUUUUGAAUAGAAAAGAAAAAAACACAACUGAAAUAAUUAAUCAAAUGAAGUAAUGAAUGGCUAAUGCAGAAACUCUCCUUUUAACUGUAUCACAAACUCUGCAGUUUGUGUGAGUAUAGAUUAAUGCUAUUUAAAUCAUAUCUUCUGUGUUCAUUCCAACUCUUGGUUUGUAUCUUUUUUCUAACAUUAUAUUUUCAGAUUAUUUUUACAAAACAAACAAACAAAAAAAGACUUAAUGCUUUUAAUAUAAAUGUUUCAUAUGGCAAUAUUGAUUUACUUUUGGAUUUUUGGAUUCUGGUGUUUAUGAAUAAUGUAUUCAAUUUUCUUAAUGAAUACUUGAGUGAUGUAGCUUAAUAUUAACUGACAGUAGUUCAAAAUUUUACUCUACUGUUCUUCAGCAUAUGAAAGCCUAUGUUAUUUUUCAUAU